AUGAUUAAUAUUGUUGAUGUGAAAAAAAUUACUGUCUCGACAGUAACCGUUUCGUGUAAAGACGUUUCACACGACAAUGAAAUAAAAAAUUGUAUUUGUAUAAUUUAUUCAAAUUUUAUUUUCAUUAUAAAAAGGACUAGAACAUUCUACCAAGAUCAUUUUAUUGUAUAUUAUUACUAUCUACUAUUUUUUCCUUUUGUAAAAAUGUCUUUUGUAUGUUUUAUUUGUUCUGAACCAUUUACAAGUCCAGGAACAAAACAUUCUUUAUAUGCAACUAAUUGUGGUCAUUUAAUUGGUUUAUCAUGCAUGGAAAAAUGGAAAUCAACUUUAUCUGUUGAUAAUUUUAAAUGCCCUUAUUGUCUUAAUAAGAUGACAAAAGAAGAUUAUCAUAUUAUUUAUAAUAUACCAGAUGAGAUUUUUGAUCCUAUAAAUGAUGGAUCUGUAAAGACGUUAAUUGGUACCAAUAAAGUUACAGAACAGUAUCUUUCAAAAAGAUUUAAACAAGUACCUAUAUUUUUAAAAAUGUUUAAUGAAAAUAUUGAUGGAAAUGUUGAAUUAUUCGAUGCUUAUUAUGGAUAUAUAUUAAUUGUUGUUGUGUCUUUACCGAAGAAAAAAGAUUGUCGAUUUGUGAGAAUUCUUUCUUCUCAUUCAGGAAAAGAAUAUUUUGCGAGAUUAUAUGAGCAAUCACCACUUACUACAGCAGUUUUUAAUAAAUGUCGAAAAGAUGUUAUUGAAUUUAGUAUUGGAUUCAAAUCUGGAUAUCUUCAAAUUAUUACAUGCUCAUUAGAUUUAUCUGAGGUUAUUUCUAAUAUUGGAUAUUAUUGUGAUCGUGGAAGUAUUUUGUCAAUAUCUUUUAUGGAAAAAGAUCAAAUUGCUUAUUCUGUGGAAAAACAUGGUAUUAUGGUUUCUAAAACAAAUGUAUUUGAAGAUAUUAAUUGGGCAAAUCUUAAGGAUUCUGAAAGAUGCCUUGUUACUGAUCUUCAAAAAUUUACAGAUAAUAUUUUAUUAGGUAUAGUCAAUAAUUCUAUUUAUGUCUUUGAGAAGUAUGAAAAUUCAUAUGCACUUUAUCAUGAUGUUGAUAAAGAAAUUAUUGGUUUUACAGUUGAUUUAUCUACAAAUAUGCUUGUAGUUUUCUGUAAUGAAGAUGAAAUUAUUGAAGGAAAAAGAAUUAGAUCUCAUUUCUAUGUAUUAUGUAAAAUUAAAGAAGUUAUGUCUAGACGAGGUAAACGGUUAACAAGAAAUAAAUAUGAUACAUCUGUGAUUGAAAUUAUAAAAAUUAAUAAUAAUUAUUUGGAAGUAUUUGAAAAUAUGGAAGUUAUGUUUAUCAAAGGUGAUGAAAGGUUUGGGAUAUAUUCAUUUUUACCCAAUAUUAAAAAUAAUGUACUUGAAGCUAUAAAUAUACAAAAUGGAAUAAAAUGUUUGUCAGUGGAAGAACUUGAAAAUUCAAGUAAAUGUCGUGGAGUUCUUUGUAUUAAUGAACCAAUUAUGUUAUCACCGACAUUUUUUAAAGCAAAAAUUGCCGUGAUAUUUACUGAUAAAUUGGUUGUACUUGAUUUUUAUUGCCCUAUUACGGAUGAUUAG